CCCUCGAAGGAAAUGAGAGCCCUUCUCCAAAACCCUAGUGCUCGAGCUCUCUUCUCCGGCGCUACAAAUCUCUAUCGAAGCAUCAAAAUGAGCUCACAGCCCGUAAAUCCGAAGGCGUACCCUCUUGCGGACGCUCACUUGACGAAUACCAUCAUGGAUCUUGUUCAGCAGGCGGCCAACUACAAGCAGCUCAAGAAGGGCGCCAACGAAGCGACCAAAACGCUGAACAGAGGCAUCUCGGAGUUUAUUGUGAUGGCAGCGGAUACUGAACCGCUUGAGAUUCUCCUUCACUUGCCCUUGCUCGCGGAGGACAAGAAUGUUCCAUAUGUCUUUGUCCCCUCAAAACAAGCACUUGGCCGAGCUUGUGGCGUGACAAGGCCUGUGAUUGCUUGUUCAGUCACUAGCAAUGAAGGCAGCCAAUUGAAAAGUCAGAUACAGCAGCUUAAGGAUGCUAUUGAGAAGCUCCUGAUCUAAAGAUUGAAUUAUUUCAGCAUGAUAAGCCUUUGAGGUUUGAACUAAAGAAUGACGUUCUCUGGAGGCUUGGACUGAUAUUGUGUCACCUCUUAUGUGAAUCGACGGUUUGUGUUACAUUUGCCAUGGAGUGUGAUUUUCUUUUGUCAAAUCGUUUGUUGUUACUGUUUGAUUAAAUUAUGUAAUGCUACCAAGACACAAUAUUUGGCAUUAAUAGCGCAAAUCAUUUUGGAGUUUGAAACCGAACCAUUAUUUUUUA